CAAUGAAUGAGAAAGCUGAUGUGGCAUUAAAAAAUCCUGGAAUGUCUGUCUUCUCUAGUUUGGAUUCUGAGCUAGAAAAUGAAAGUGAAUAUUCUUGUUUGUCUAUGUCUAAAACCGCAACAGAAGUAGAAAAACAUGAAGAAACUGCAAAAGAAAUGCAAUGUGAAGAAGAAACUGUACCUUGUGAACACAAUGGGCUUCCUAACCCAUCAGUGCCAAAGGAAUCAGAAAAGGGUGUUUUACAAGAUGUCAUUGCCAUGUCACUAAGCGAAAGAAAUGAGGAGUGUCAUAAUCCUAAAAAACAAAUUAAUGAUAGUGAUGAAGUGACAGCCCAGGUAACAUCUGACAAUCUACAUUUGAACCUGGAAAUCAGGAAUGUUUCUUCUUCAGAUAGAACCAAAGUUGUAAUAACAAAUAAGAAAUCUCUUAAGAAGAGUCGCAGUUACCAUGACAGCCAGCAUCAGCAAAGCCAACACAAUGCUCACAACAGAGAUAUAUCUGUAGAUGAUGUAAAUAGAAAGAGUCAAGAAAACCCAAAUAAGCAGAAUUCUGAAAUGCCUUUAAUAAAAGUUGAGAUCAUAGGAGCAGGGAUUGAAGUGAAAUAUAAAACUAUUGAUCGUCAUCUAACAGUUCACAUUGAAAGAGAUAAUGAAAGAAAAGAAAGGGAAGAAAGAGAAACAUGUUAUUUUCAUAGCAAUGAUUACUUGCAAGAAGGAACUUGGAGCUCUUACAGUUCAGAUUUUAGCCCUUAUCAAAGAGAAGAGAUGAUAUGUUCCGAUUGCUGUAUAGACAUUCCUCCCCCUGAAGAGUUUGCUGAUGUAAAAUGUGUGUCCCCAAAUACUAAUGUUGGAAAUGAGGCCUUAAUUCAUGAUUUGUUAAGAAAAUCCUGUUCUAUAUCAUCAAUAUUUUCUUCCCAUUCUGAGUCAGAAACUGAGAGGAGACCAAUUAAGGAUGAGUGUUACAAAACUGAACACAUGCCAUUGUUAGAUAAUAGACUUUGUAUGCCCUGUUUAAACAACUGUACCAAUUGCUCUCACCUCACUGUAAAGCCAUAUAAAAUGAGCUGCAAUCAUAUUUCAUCAAUCUCCCCACAAGAAAUACACUCAAACACAUCUGGUUGCAUUCACCAUCCAAACCAAAACUCUGUGUUUGACUCAGUAGUCAGAAGAAAAACAUUCCCGGAAAUCUAUUAUAAUCCACACAUACAUUCUUACAAUUCUAGACAUGCAAAUUGCAAAGACCAUUCUCCAGAACAGUCCUCAACCUCUAACUCUUGCACUGAAAGAUGUCUAAACCAUGUUCCUUCUAUUGAGCUCCGCAGAUCAUUUACCGCUUUACCUUGUAGGAAUUGUGUAAAUGACCAUCAUGAGCCAGAGUGCAAAUCCAUUUUACUUCAUUCAGAAAGGGCAGCUUCACACUUUGUAAAUACAAUUGAGGAUCCUUACUUUGUCGGUAGUUGUUCAGAUACUCCUAGUUCAAAACGGAAUACAAUGCCAACAGAUAUGGAUUCUGUACGGUCUCUGCAUAAUUUAGACAUUAAUAAUAAACACAGUUAUGAAGAAGAGGACACUGAGGACCUAAAACAUAAUGAAGAUCAGAUUGACUUUACUGAAAGUGGAUUUGAUGAGGAAAUGCAAGAUGGGGAUAAUGUUAUUGAAACCCAAGACUACUCAGAAUUGCAAAAUAAAUGUCUUUUGAUUCAAGUAACACCACCCUCAAGAAGUUCUUCGAAAGAAUUUAUUAUUGAGAAAAAUGUAUAUAGUAAUCUCCCAAAUGAUUGUGUGCAGACUUCUUUAUCACAGACAAUGGAAAUACCUCAAUCAAGUUCCACAGUACUUGAAAUGUCGCAGAGGAAGCGAAGAGGGUCUGUUGUUACUGUCGUAACAGGGGACCUAGAGCAAAGACUAUUAGUGCAAGGAGAUAACCAAGCUGUCAGUGAUUCUGUUUCAUCUCGGGGAUAUUGUGAAUUGCAUAAGGAUAUCCAACAAUCUCCAUUUGUACAAAGAAACUCUGUGUUAACACCUGUCUCAGAUGUUGAUGAAGCAGAACUAGAAAACAAGUUACUUAGUUCCUUUGAGGAGCAGAGCCAACCGACACUUAAGGAUAUUUCUUCUCAGACAUCUCAGUCUUUUGACCCUUUUUUAUCGAUGGAAAAUCAAAGCAACUUUGAGGACACACAAGAGACUGUUAGUCGAGUAGAAGAAGGUAGUGAUAUGAACUUUCCAGCUGAUGACACAUCUCCAAGAAAUAGUUCUGAUAGCGCAAUACCCGGAACCUCUUUUGAGUCAAUAGCAGGUCAACUUUCAUCUUUGAAAAAAUCAGAUUCUGAAGAAAAUGGAGUCAAAUGUGUUGAAAAAAGGGACGAUUCUUGUGAAAAAUCUGAAACACCAAAGCAGUUUGCUAAAAAAGAUGCAAAACCAGAAUUUGUCAACAAACAUUUGAGAUUACCUAAGGAGUCAGUGAUAAAAGAAUCAAGGGCAUGUGAAAUAACCCAUGAAGGAUCAGAAGCAUCAGAUCGAUGGGCUAAGAAAAGAAAACAGUUUAAAGAAACCAAGAACUGCAAUUCUGCAGGAGGGAGUUCGGUUACAAGCAACAUCACAGAAGAAUCUGGAAACUCAGAAGAAACUCGCUCAGUGGACCUUGGAGUGCGUUCUGACGGCAAGGAUAAAGGAUUAUACACAGAAAGCUUUCAUUCCACUUCAUGGAUCUUCAGAGGAGAUGACUGCAGCCCAGAUAAUAGCCCCAGAUGCCUGAGUAAAAGGCCUAGAUCAGUAGCAAUUCGUGAACGUACUGUGAGAAUAGCCAAAGGGACAGGGGACUACCCUUGGGGAUUCCGAAUUCAGUUUUCAAAACCUAUUCUUGUAACUGAGGUUGAUACAAAUGGCGCAGCUGAAGAAGCGGGGCUCCAGGUUGGAGACAUUGUAAUGGCUGUCAAUGGAACUGAUGUAACCAGUAUUCCACAUUCUGAAGCUGCAUGCCUAGCACGGCAAGAGAAAAGCUGCAGCUACAGAACAGUGCUGGCUGUGCUUUCAAAACGAGUAUCCCCCAUGUAUGGUCCAAAAAUAGGAAACAUACAUCAGUUCUUUACUUUCGACAUUAACCAUGGUCCAGAUCUGUUGACUCUUGUGGUUGGAUCUGAUAUCAGUCGCUUUCCCACCACCCCGAGGCCAUCAUGCCGUGGAUAUCUACAUAAGAGAACACACUCAGGGCUGCUGAAAGGCUGGAGGAAGCGAUGGUUCGUUCUGAAACACGAUGGUAGCCUGCAGUACUAUAAGCACAAAAAGGAUGAAGGAAAAUGUAGACCUCUGGAGGUGACUAAACUGGAAGGCUCGGAAAUUGGCGUGGAUACCACUUUGGGGAAACCGUUUGUGUUUAAAUGUGUCCCGCAGUCUGCAAAUCGCAUAUUCUACUUCUGUGCAACAUCAAACCAGGAGAUGAAAAGGUGGCUUGAGGCAAUGGAUAAAGCAGUUCAUCCCCUCACUCAGAACCACGUGUGGGUAGAUGUCACCAUGCACAACCUCAGCCUGCCUCCUCUUGCCAUCAAAAACCCUGAGUGCUUAGGUCUCCUGCACCAGCUGGACCGGAACAAAGACGUGUGGAUGCAGCACUACUGCAUUCUGAAAGAUGGCUGCUUAUAUUUCUACUCUAGCAUUCGAUCGACCAGUGCCCUUGGUGGGAUCUACCUGCAGGGAUACACAGUAACGGAGCAAUCCCUGAAUUCCCGCCGCUGUAUAAUUGAGCUCAGGCCUCCAUCAGAAGAAUUUAAAGCGUUCUACUUGAGUGCGGGAAAUGCAGCUGAAAACAAACGCUGGAUUACAGCAUUGAAAAUGUCAAUUAAUAAGUGGCUACCCCUUCACCAAGCUAUUCAGGACUUUAUGAGCCGACCUCUGGAGGAGACUAGGAUGUGAAGGAGUGUAUGUGCGGAUGAUUUAGAACUAAUGGAACAUUAAAAUACAGUUAUAACGGAAGAUCCUGAGGAAACCCUUGUACCAGUGACGCUUUUUUAAUGUAUGGAUUAGAACCAUGGGAUUUAUAUGUACAGAAACACAAGAUUUGUAUUAAGUGACCUAUGGUUAGAUCUGCUCUGUCAGCCAUUUCUAAAAUGUUUGUAUAUAAGCACUGUAUUAUUGUCUACAAAGAAGGACUAAAUGUGUGUUAAAGGAAAAUAAAACUUUUUUGAUGCAA